AUGUCCGGACUCGUCAACAAGAUCAAGGAGACCGUCAGCGGUCACUCUCACGAGUCUUCCACCACCAACACCAACACUGGUCGUGAGUACGGAAGCGGAGCCAACACUGGUGUCGGAGCUAGCGAAUAUGGCCGCACCACCGGAUCUGGUGCCACCGGCCUCGGCGGUGCCUCCGCCGGCGGCAUCCACUCUAGCGAGUACGGAAGCGGAACCACUGGCCGCACCACGGGCGGUGCCGGUGGCGCCUACGGCAACGAGGCUUCCCGCCACACUGCCGGCCCUCACUCCAGCGACCUUGGCAACAAGCUCGACCCCGCGACCUUUGACCGCACCACCGGUACCGCUCGACCCCGCGUCGACUCUGACCGCGACCACCGCGGCGCUUACGGAACCGGCGCUGGCGUUGGUGGCCUGACCGGUGCUAGCUCUGGCACCUACGGCACCCACAACGCCGGUCCCCACGGCUCCUCUGCCGCUAACAAGCUCGACCCCGCGUCGACUCUGACCGCGACCACCGCGCGGUUCUCACAACGCCGGUCCCCACGGCUCUUCCGCCGCCAACAAGCUCGACCCCGCAUCGACUCUGACCGCGACCACCGCGGCGCCUACGGAACUGGUGUCGGUGCCGGUGCUGUCGGCACUGGUGCUGGCGUCGGUGCUGGUGCCGGUGCUAUCGGCAACCGCGAGUCCAGGAACACCGCUGGCCCCCACAGCAGCGAUCUUGCGAACAAGCUCGACCCCGCGUCGAUUCUGACCUUGACGGGAGCAAGACUAGGCGACUUCGCUGGCAAGAACCCUAGGGACGCCGCCCAGGUGCCCCCUUCGAUCUUGAAGAAGGAGGUUGGCGGUGUGGAGACUCUCGACGACGACCACAGCCACAGGCACGGAAAGCACAUUGCCCUCUGGGCGCAGCGCGUCCCGCUCAUCAUCACGCACACGUCCGCGCCGGCGACGCAGUUCGUCACCUCGGUGCCGAGAUUCAGCUACCUCGCCCUGCUGCUGCCCCGCCUGGGCGUCUACUUUCGCCUGCCGUGCUCGAGCUUCCACCACGAAGAGGUUUUGCUGCGCAAUUUGGCCGUGGGCCUGCUGCUGGACUUGUAUCAGCCCACCCUGCCGUGGAAGCUCACUGUUAGCGAUGGCGUGGGGUGGGAUAUCGCGGAUACGUUUCUUAAUAGCGUCAAGGAAGCCGACUUUGUACGCAACGGGAAUGCGAAUCAGAUCAUGAAAAUGUCUCGGAACGACACGACCUCGCUGUGGAACGCCGUACAAGACAAUGACUACGCCACGUUUUCCCGCAUCAACAACCGACUCUUGAACCCGCCAACCCCUCUCAAACACGUCCCCAUCCGCGUUUAUAUUCCUUCUUCGGGGCCGGGGGAUGCGAACGCCUCGGUCGUGGGCGUAUCCUCGCCCACCGCCUCCUUCAAAAUCGUACAGACGCUCGUGCCCGGGACCACGACAGCGCCAGUGAACAGGAUGUCGUCGAGCGUGAUGCUUAAUGCGCGGCAGGCUCAGGCGCCACAGACACUGGGCAUGGCGCUCAAGGGCAUGCUCCCCGAGCUGUUUCCCAGCAGCCGCGAUCCGGUGCUCGCCAACGUAGUUUUGAACGGAGCGACGGUGCCAUUCAACGCGCCCCUGGUUGAGUUGAUGAAGGAGGCCGCGUUCCCGGAUGGCUGGCUUUGUCUUGUCGUGGUGCUCCUAUGA